AUGAAUCCCUCCGAGCGGAAGCUUCUGGUAGAGGAACUCUGCGAUGCGAUGGGUCGUGUUGUUGAUCUCUUUUUUGCGGGGGUGAAUGGUUAUGGGGCGGUAUGCCAUACCGCCAACCAAAGCCGUACCACCGGCGAUACUCUUAAUGCACUGGAAGGGAAAGGUACACUGUUACAACUACAAGAGAAAUGUGCGGCUUUUCUACGUGAACCUGUGGUGAAACGAGAUGCUGGUCCUCUGCCGUACGAGCAGCUGCUGCCUCUUUACCCGACGCUUGCUGCGGUGCGUGUGCGCCACGUACUUGUUCGCGAGUAUUUAUUAAUUGCUGAAGAGAAGGUAAACCACGGCGGAUUCCUCCACAGGAGGUCGAGCAGUUUCAUGGAAGACAAGUGCAAAGCGAAUUUUUUUUUUUCCGCCAAGGCGAUGUAG